GACACCAGACCGGCGCGCUCCUUCCUUUCCUGAACGCAGGUACAUCGAUCAAACUAACAUUCCUAGCGCGCGUACACAAAGGGGUAUGGACGGGAGCCGAGGCUGCGGUCGAGGAGCGACUCUGGGUGGCACGUGGAAAGCUCUCGUCGAAUGGUUUGCCGAGCCGUUCCAUUCGUGCCGCACUAGGCUGGGCAGCACCGACCGCUUCCACGACCACGACGAAGAAGACAUGACCUGGGUGGAGUACCAGUGGCUCACUCGCACCAACCACGAGUCGCUGCGGUUGUCGAGACCCCCGCCACGGCUAAACCAGUGCUUCACCCCGCCCAAGCACAGCAUCACCAGCCGCAAGGACGGCGGCGAUAACAACGACGAGGCCAGCCCCCUCACCCCACCGAUAACGCCCCCGUCUCAGGCGUCGGCUACCACACAUAGCAACAGCAGCGAGCCGCCUGAUCAGUAGAGAAAGCGGUCGUGAUCUAGAAACCUGCUCUUUUACGAUUUCCCAACUGCUGGGAAGCCUCCGUGGGAUUUCCCCCUGGAGUCGCAGUCGCCCUUUUGUGGGAAAAAUCGUGCAGCAGAUAACGAAGGCAAUAAGCACCUGGUCUGGCAAAAGUAUCUCACACAAGAGUCUGAGGAUAUUGCUGUCAAGGGGCUGACGCACACGCGGGGUAUAUGAAAAUGUGUAUGGUGUGCCCGAGGAAAUGGUAAGGGAGUACAGGGUUCGUCUUUGCUUUAAAGUGAUGACCAGCUCUCAAGAAUGCUUGGCCUCGACACAAAGAGUCGUUUUGUAUGUAUGUGGUGGCUUGACGUUGGCUCGUUUUCCCCGCCUGACGGUGUAGAAUAUGUUCUUGGAGGUUAUUCUCGUAGUGAUGAUGACGUUGGAUGGACCAAAGGUUGAAACGGUAAUGUCCGAGGGGAGGCCCACGAGGCGUUCAUUCCAUCCAUAUGCUGUGUUCGGUGACCGAGUCAGUAGUUACCCACUCGAUUUGCGUGACUCCCAGGGCCUUGCGAGGAUCAGUGAGGAGGUGUAACUGAGAAGUGGCGCGGUACUCUGAGCUGCCUGUGUUUGCGACGACUGCUGUGGUGGUGUGUAGUCUCGAAGUUGGUAGGUCAAUCGAGUGACUAGAUCGGGUCGGAUCACUCCCUCUGGUGGGUAUUGCUGUGAUGGAAAGAGGAAGAUGCUAAUCAUACAUCGUGGUUCUUUCCGGGGUGGUUUGGUUGUUGUUUGUGGAGAUCGAUUGGCGCUGAUGACGCACCAUAAGGGUUUGGUGUCGUGAAAACCGAUAGGAGUGUGUUGGAAACGGGUGGAUGGGCGCGAAGAUGGGCCUGUGUUGUCCGCCCCCCCUCGCCGGAGAAUCCGAACAAGGGUUCGGCCGCUUGUACGAGGGGAUAAGUCGCUACACCAAGCACAAUGCGUGUGUACUUUUCUGAAUGGGAGACGGGGGGGUUGGGUGUUUGUGGUCGAACGGCAACGAUGCCACUGUUGACUGUUGUGUUGGCGGAUGUCUCAGGGGUACGACAAGUCAUUACGGGUGAUCAUUCCCGAUUUUUUGCACCUAUGAACGCGAUCGAGUAUUGCGUUUACGGACUGAAACGUUUGGCUUCCACGUCGUUCGCCGCGGGAGGGCAUCUGGUAGGAAAGGAUUCCAGAUGUUCUUCUGGACGACAAUCCAAGAGUGGACCAAGGUUACGUCUCCGCUUGUUUCUGUAUUUGCUUUGGUGACACAACUCCGAGCUUGGUCGUUCAUGCCUGCACUGUGACGAUUGUGGCAUGAUCAGUAGGAGCGUGGAGAUGUGUUUGCAGAUCUUGUGGAGCUUUUCGAGGCUGUGUGCGUUUUUGCUGCCCUGCCAAUAAUGAUCGCAACGGAGCUUGAUGCUUCGGCGUGGCUCGUCCGGCGGUGGGGAAAACUACGUGCCCUUGUGUCGUGUUUUCUUUGGAAGUUGCAGCAGAUUUGCGUCACGCAAGCUGCUUCACGGCGAAACCUUGUUCUCCUUGCUUCUCGACUGUCGGCAUGAUGUGUGGCAGCCAAUAUUUCCUCCGACUGGUCGUUAUUGUGUUGGCUUGAUUUUGCAUGCCUUCAACUAUGUUUUUAUCUUGAAGCCAGGUGUAUGCCGUCGUUGGCUUCAUGUUGUUUGGUUUGACAAGGGGACAGAAAUCAAGCCACUGCUUUCCGCCCACGGCAAACUUGUAGUGCAGCGACCCUUUAGAACAGCAAUAUGUGACGGGCAUCAUCUUGUUGACGUGUGUGCGCCUUGGAUGAUUUCGAUGGAAGUUUGUGGAUUAGAUCAAGUUAUUGCGAUAGUAUUUGAUGUUAAUUUCAUUUUUUUCGUUUUUUUGUGACCUAGGGAGGCCAAGAGUUUGCAGAACCAGCGACACAGCUGGUCACGGCCAUAAUCACUUCAAGUGUGUUGUUUGUUGAAUGCGUUGUGUGUUCGGCAGAUUCAGUUCCGGAAGUGAGCGCACGUAAUGGAUGGGGGAUAGACUGGUGCAACAUUCCGUGCUCGGCUCUGUUGUCUAGAUUGUGUAGACGUAGCAAUCGCUCAACGUUCGGGAGCGGUAUUUAGUAGAAGUAGAAGUUUUAGACAUGUUGUCCUGGAGGCUUUUGGGUCAGGGAGUGAGGGCAAGUGAGGGGAUCAGCCAAUCGAGUACCCCGUGGUACAAUGGCGGCCUAGCGAUAUAAGUGUUGUCAGGCAGGGUUUGUGUGAGGAAUGCUUCAAGCAUGUUUUCAGCCGAAAAGUGUUGAUUCGCAACAUCCUUUUGGCGUCUCGGUUUCGCCAAGCGAUAUCGUGAGAAGUGUCGACCCGUACCUUGCCAAUCGACUUGUGGCUGGCUUCGCGAAGUAUCAAGUUUAUUGUCCCGAGGCACGUCCAGUGUGAUUGGCUUCGGCGGCAUGGACUGUCUAUGGCGUUUGUAUGUUUACCACCGCUUCUGACCAAGCAGGGCCACCGUACGAAGUAUAUGGAGGAUUAGUUUUGACGGCACGAAUCGAUUUUAACGAGCAUUACAAGAACAGCGGACCAACAACGGAAUAUCUCCAGCACGGCACUACACGCGCACGUUUUCGGGUGCCGGCUGCAGAAGGUUUCGCCGAACCGGCAAGGUUGAUCUUGCUUCAUGCCAAACAACCAAACUGUUGAGGGUUCUCGACAAGUGGGCCAAAAGCAUCAACUAGACCUUGUAUUUCCCGUCGGGGCGGUUCUAGGAGCAUAGGAAUAGUCUAGGCGGUUUGAGGGAGCGCACGAAAGCGCGGCGUUGAUUUGAAGUGUGCAGUCAAAUGAUCUUUCUGGACUCUCUCUCACUUGGUGACUUCGUAGUGUGGAACUGUUUAUUAUUUGGUGCCAUCCAACACGUGAGUUUUUGCCAGACAGGGGACAAACACCCAAGAGCGAGCUUACCCUCGAGGAGCAAGUUGGU